UCAAACAUCUCUAUGAUGUUGAUAGCUACAGAUAUAACUGCUGAUACAAUGCAAAAGUUUAUAAAGAAGUUCGUUAGUAACUUACACGUUAAAUGCUUAAUAUGCGGUGAAAUAAGCAAGGUACAAGCCUUAGAAAUAGGUGAUACUCUGGAAUACAAGGUGAAAAAAGCAAAAGACCCAACGAUCAUGCGAACAAGAUUGCCACAGCAUCGCGAAGCCAAGCUAGAAAAUGAUACUCACUUUCUGUAUGAAGUAGAACAUAAUAAUAAAUCCCUGCAUGAUGUAUCGUGUACGGUAGUAUACUAUCAAAUUGAAGAGACAAAUCUAUCGAAAUUAGCUCUUGUAUACCAUAUAAUGGCAAAAAGAUCUUUAAAGUUCUUUGAAGAUAUUCAGCACAUCCACAAAAUAUAUAUGUGUGUGCGUACAGCAACGGGUGUACAAGGCUUGCAAAUCGUAAUUGAUGCUUUUAUAGACCCAUAUGCUGUUCAAUAUCAUAUCGAACAAUUCAUCUCAUCUACGAUGAAAUACAUUAAACAGCUCUCUAAGCUUUCUAUAACAGAAUUUGAGAAGUACAAGACAGAUCUCAUCAGACAUGGUGAGAUUAAUAAGACACUAAAAUUAAAUGAUAUAUCUGACGUAAUCUGGAUAGGCGGUUUUACCAAGUUAUAUUCCGGUGAUCAACAGAAAAUCAAAAUAAAAUCCAUACAAGACAUAAAGCAAACAUCAUUACUUAAGUUUUACAAGAAACACAUUUAUGACAAAAGGGCUACAUUAUCAGUGCACGUGUCGCCUAAGCGUGAGAACAAAUUGCAAGAAGAAGAUGCAUCAUCUGUAGAUGAAAAGGACCAGAGUGAAAUAUUAAAUUUUGAACCCAAGGAUGAACCAUUAGUUACUAUUGAUACAUCCAAAGUGUCACCCAUUACCAAAAUAAAGGGAUUAAAGUAUACAUUAAGCAGGUGGUGCAAUAAGGAAGAAUGGUAUCGCAUCCCUGAGGCACGCUUUACGAAAAUCAAUGACAUCAUGCUGUUUAAACAAACUCGAAAUUACUAUAAUUAAAUACCGCCAGUUCAUUUCGCAGAAAAGAUGAAUUUCCAUAUCGAGAACAUGUGGAAAAUCGUUUUUUGAUUUAAGACAACGUUUUAUACAAAUAGUACUGCUA